GCUAUGUUUUCGGUGUUUGGCAAUUUUGGUAAAAUUCCAAAAAUGUAAAUUUUAUAUAUAAUACUUAUUUUAAUAAGCCGUCUGCCGACAGUCGCGUCUUAGAUGAUUCCCGAAAAAAAUGCAUUGCCAACACAACUUGACAUUCCAGCUGGGCCCCAGUUUUGGGCAAACCCACAAAUCUGGUGGCCAAAUUGGACACCCAGCCGUAAUUUGAAUACAUUUACACAUUUUCCGGCUCACCAAAUCUGAUGUGUGUGCUUUUUUCUUCAUUUUUGAAGCUAUAUGUUCCAAUUAAAAAACGUUUGGCAUUUUAAUUGAAGCACCGUGGCUGAUAUUUGUUGCCCAAUGCAGCAGCGCAUUUGCAUGCUGUUGCAUCUUUGGGAUGCAGCCGGAUCUCCAUAUAAAUAUCGGGCGGAGUUGCAAUUGGCGGACACACAGACACAGCCCAGCAGCUGCACAGCACACUCAGAGCCAAGAAAUAGCCUACGGUGUGGAAAACUCAAGCCCAAGCACAACAAUGCGCGCUUUUAUGGUAAGUGCCGGAGCCUAAUCCUAGCCAGAAAUUAAAUUAAAUCCUGCCUUAUUUGCAGAUGCUUUGCCUGAUUGCCGUCGCCCGGGGUCAGUAUGAUUAUACGCCCCAGUCCCAUGCCGGGGAUGGGCGUGGCGGUUUGAUCGGCAGUCCCGAUGUCGGCGCCGCCCAGCUGUCGGAGCCCAUACUCAUUGCCAAUGAGUUCAACAAGGAGUUCUACACGUACAGCGCGCCGGAGCAGGAGUUCGACAAUGGACCAGUUAACGAGCAGAUUGCCAAUAGCUUGCGCAAGAAUCUGCGCGUGCUCUUCAUCAAGGGACCGGAGAACACGGGCCUGGAGCAGGCGGCACUGCAGCUGGCCUCGUCCGCCUCGGACGAUCGCACUGCCAUCUAUGUGCUGAACAAGCAGGCCGAUAUCGGCGAGCUGGCCAACAGACUGAACCAGGUCAAGCUGCAGACGAACAACAAGCCGGAGGUUCACUUCGUCAAAUAUCGCACACAGAACGAUGCAGAGAAUGCACAGCGCAUCAUCCAGGCCCAAUACGAUUCGCUGCCCGGCCGUUCGACCAAUCACAAUGCCGGCUCCUCGGCGCCAGUCUUGGACUUUGCCACAAAGAACAGCCCAGUUGGAGCUGCAGCCACAGGCGAGGCACCAUCAAAUAGCGCGUAUUUGCCACCCAGCCGUAGGUUUUAGAUAUAAGUAAAUGCUCAUUAUAGCUAGUAUAUACUGUUAAAAAAAUAUAAUUUAGUUUUUCCCUAAUUCGAUUCGAUUUGAAAACGUUUGCCGCUGGGCAAAAUAGUAAAUUGUGUCGACUUUUAGAGGCAGGCCGACUAUUUUCGA